UAUUUUCGUCUUUUAAAAUACAUUCGCACCCUUUUAAAAACAUGGAUCCACCCCAUCAAGAAUCCUUACAUAAAUGUAGUAUGUGUUGUCAUGGGUGCAUUUUUUUUUAAACGCAGUGGUCAUGGCUGAAUGCAAGUUGAAUUUCUAGUCAGGUCCUAUUACAUUUCAUCUCACAUAAUGGCUUUUAACAACUGACAUCUUGUGAUGGAAAGAAUGUGUGCCCUUCCAAUGCAGCACUUGAUGGCAACUGUUAUUCUUGCUCUUGCCUUAGGAUUAGCUUUUAUGCUGGAGCACAAAUUCCAAGAGCUUGAAGAAGAGCUGGUGUAUUUAAAAAGAAAUUACAAAACUCUCGAAACGGAAUGUGAUAUGUUAAAAUCGAAAGUUGAAUCAUACGAACAUGUAUUCAGCAAAGAGAACGGAAGUUUGAAAGAACAGGUGCGAGUUAUUCAAACAGAUGUGGGCUCUUUGAAAAUACAGAUGGAAAACUUGAAACAAGCAGCAUUGAACACGGGUUCGUGGUUCACGAGAUGGGGAAGAUCAGAUUGUCCAGCAACGUCAACGUUAAUCUACAAAGGUUACACUGGUGGCUCAUGGUACAACCACAAAGGUGCUGCCUCGAAUUUCCUCUGCCUACCUGAGAACCCUCAAUGGGGAACACGAUCCCUCAAUAACUUCCAAGCAUUUGUGUAUGGAGCUGAAUACGAAAACAACUUUUUCGGUGGGAAUGCCCAUCAACAGGAUGUUCCAUGCAGUGUGUGUAAAACAAAAACAGGAACUAAUUCCGUAAUGAUCCCGGCCAGAAUUUCGUGCUAUGACGGUUGGACAAUUCAGUACAAAGGAUAUCUAGGAGCAGGCUUCCAUAACCAUCUUGCAAGUACGGAGUACGUCUGUGUUGAUGAAAAUAUUCAAUUUAUUCCCGGAGGAUACGAAAAUAAGGAUGGUAAACUAAUAUAUCCCGUGGUUGCCAAAUGCGGAUCGUUAAGAUGUCACCCAUACAUAGAAAACAAACCUAUAGCUUGUGUCGUGUGUUCUUAUUAAAAAAAGGAUUAAUAUAUUCAAUUUGCUUUCUAAACAUGGUUUCAAAAUUAUUUUUAAAUUAUUCUUCAAAUAAUGUAAAAAGUAAAUGUAACAAGAGUAAAUAAAUUCAAAUAAACGAAUGAAGAUUCUA